AUGGCUUCAUCCAACCUCACCUUUGAAUCCGCCUACGGUCGCCCGCCACAGCAGUCGACGACAACAAAGGGUUCUUGGCUCGCCCGAGUCGGCCACCGCGCCUCGCACAUCCCCAACCGCGGUUUGACGAGCAAUUCACGGGAAACGCUGCCAUUGCGUGCUGGAGGCUACAGGUCGCACGAGCAGUUGCCGGGGUUGCAGAAGACGUUGAGCGGGCCCAGCAGUCCCGCCAGCCCGACUGAGACGGAGUUUGGCAGCACGCCUAUUGAUGCGAGUUUUGGGGAUCGAAUUGACACGCCGCCGGAUCGACGACCACCGGACAGGCCUGGCUUGAAUGAUAAGGGCGCGGCGGGGAGCCAGAGGAGCAGGAGCGGGACGGCCAUUCAGGUUGAGCCUGCGCAGGGGGCGUAUGAGGCGAAGAUGGACAAGUACGCGAAGCAGGCAGGCGACAAUGCAUAUGAUAGCGAUGCAGAGGCGGACGACGAGUUUGAACGGUCAGAUGUGGGCGUAGUGUCGCCUACGGUGCCGGCGCACUUUGAUGACGACCUUUCGGAUCACCCUUCAGAGUCAGAGGAUGAGCGUGGGUUUGUGGAUGGAGAAGACACGCCUACGACACAGGGCUGGCCGGACAGAGAAGGCAGAAGUCCGAUGGGAAAGAUUACGCAGUGGUCGGAAGAGCAGGUGGCGGACUACAUCGUGUCGCUGUCGCCAGCGCUGAAGCAGUACAGCCAGGCUUUCGCGGAUGAGGUGAUCAAUGGGCAGGCGCUGGUGUCACUGGGCCAUGACGAGUUGAAAGAGCUGGGUGUCAAUAGCAUUGGACAUCGGCUCACGAUACUAAAGGCAGUGUACGACCAGAAGAUCCGGUCUGGUGUCAAGAUUGAGGAGGACGACUACGUGCCGCUCUCAGCGGAGGGAGACAAAGGAGAUCUGGGCGCGACGCAAGAUGAUAUCGCGAGAAUCAUUGAGUCCAUACGGCUACGUGACCAGAGGAUCAUCGCGGCAGAAGCAGAGUUGCGACAGCUGAAGAAUGACCUGGACCGGAUAUCGGACGAGAACAGGAAACUGCGGGAGGAGACGUUGCCGGUGAUACGGCUGAUGAAGGAUCAAAGAACACCUCUGCCAGACCCAGCAGGCGGUUCCAUACCAUCACCACGAGACACCGAAGCUUUCAAGCCGAGCGAACCUCCUCCCACGAUCACCAGCAAAGGCAGCUCGCUCAGUCGCAAGUUCUCAACGAAGAAACUGUUCCUGGGCAGUGCGCCAAAGCAAGCCUCACCGACUCACGUGCCACCGAUAUCGCAUACACCUCAGCCUAGAGAAGUUCGAGACGACGGAGGUGGGCAUCUGGAGGCGAGUGCUGCUGCGAUGGCAGCCAGUACUCAUUUGACUGCAAGCAUGACUAGCCAGACGAGCCCGAACAGCGUCCACGGCCAGCAGCUCAGCCCCACCAGUCCGGCGUACAGCAAUCAAGCACCUUCAUCUGGUGGUUCAUACCACCCACAGCGGUCAUUCCCCAGAGAUGGCCAGUCGACACGCCAUGACCGGCACGGGCACGACGACAGAGGCUACUCGACGAAUAGCCAGUGGAGUACCGCGAGCACUGCUGUUGCCGAGCCGGAAGCGAGGGCAGAUCGGAGUCGGAGAGGGCAGCAGCCGCAGCCGAGCCCACGGGACGAUGAUGGGUCGAGCACAAGAGAACGCGGUGAUCGUGGCGACAGGGACAAUCCACAAGUCGAGAUCUUCAAGAGUUUCCGCGUUAGCAUCGAGGAUCCUUGCCGAGUAGUACUACCUGUGGCCCUCAAACGCUACAACAUAACCGACGACUGGCGCCAAUACGCCCUCUACAUCGUGCACGGCGACCAAGAGCGCUGUCUCGGGCUCGAAGAGAAGCCGCUCAUGCUCUUCAAGCAGCUCGACAAAGAAGGUCGGAAGCCGAUGUUCAUGCUACGAAGGCAUGCGGCGCCGCAGGAGGGCUGGAGCAACUCGAGCUCGGUGGGGCAGAGCCAUGCGCAUGCGCAUGCGCAGGAUGGUGGGGGUGGAAAGCAGAUUCCUGGGGGUGUGCUUUGA